GCGGGUCCUGGGUCGUGACGCAAAGGGCGGGGCGGGGCCUCAGGCGGCUCGAGGGUCUUGGUCUCCUAACCUACAGGUUCUCGGUCCUGGCUCUCCAUGGCUCCUCGGGGCUGGAGUUGCUGGCGCUGGGCGGCGCGGCCGCGGGCCCGGCUGCUUCCUGGUGCUGCCUUUCCCUUCGGGUUCCGACAGCUACUCUCUACUCUAGAGCUGGCCCCUCACAUCUGUGUGGUAGGCAGUGGCCCAGCUGGUUUCUAUACUGCCCAACACCUGCUGAAGCACCAUCCUCGGGCUCAGGUGGACAUCUAUGAGAAGCAGCUGGUGCCCUUUGGUUUGGUCCGCUUUGGAGUGGCUCCUGAUCAUCCGGAGGUGAAGAAUGUUAUCAACACGUUUACCCAGACUGCCCACUCCACUCGAUGUUCCUUCAAGGGCAAUGUGACUGUGGGCAGGGAUGUGUCCGUGUCAGAGCUUCAGGAAGCCUACCAUGCUGUUGUGUUGAGCUAUGGGGCAGAGGAUCACCGGACCCUGGGCAUUCCAGGUGAGGAGCUGCCGGGUGUAAUCUCUGCCAGGGAUUUUGUGGGCUGGUACAACGGGUUACCUGAGAACCGUAAGCUGGCACCUAACCUGAACUGUGAUACGGCAUUGAUUCUGGGACAAGGGAACGUGGCUCUGGAUGUGGCUCGGAUUCUGUUGACCCCAACAGAACUCCUGGAGAAAACAGACAUCACUACAGAAGCACUGAGGGUGCUGAAACAGAGCCACGUGAAAAGGGUGUGGAUUGUGGGGCGCAGGGGACCUCUACAGGUAGCCUUUACCAUCAAGGAGCUCCGGGAGAUGAUUAACCUACCUGGGAGCCGGCCCCUUUUGGAUCCCGCAGAUUUUUCAGGCCUGGAAGAAUUGAUUAAAGAGGCUCCCCGUCCAAGGAAGCGGCUGUUGGAGCUUCUGAUGCAAACAGCACUGAAGCCACCAAAAGCCAAGGAGGCUGACAAGAGAGCUGAGAACCCUCGAGCCUGGGGCCUCCGCUUCUUGCGAAGUCCUCAGGAGGUGCUGCCUUCUCCAGAUGGAAGUCGAGUUGCUGGCAUCCGCCUAGCAGUCAUGAGACUAGAAGGCUCUGGUCAGAAUGCCCAAGCUGUGCCCACAGGGACAGUAGAAGAUGUGCCAUGUGGACUGGUGCUGAGCAGCGUUGGCUACAAGAGCCGGCCAAUUGACCCCCGUGUGCCCUUCGAUCCCAAGCUUGGAAUUAUCCCCAACAGUGAGGGUCGCGUGUUGGGUGUGCCAGGUCUAUACUGUAGUGGCUGGGUUAAGCGAGGUCCCACAGGUGUCAUCGCCACCACCAUGAAUGACAGCUUCCUCACUGGCGAGGCCCUACUCCAAGACCUUGAGAAGGGAGUGCUGCCCUUAAGCCCCAAGCUUGGCUACUCCAUUAUAGAACCCCUACUCAAAAAUCGAGGAGUCCAGCCUGUAUCCUUUGAAGACUGGGAGAAACUAGACGCACAAGAGGUGGCUCAGGGCCAGGCAGCUGGGAAGCCCCGGGAAAAACUGGUGGAUCCACAACAGAUGCUACAUAUAAUAAAACAAUGACUCUUCAACUCUGGCCUAGGCCCCAAAGUUUGGCCCAAAGUGCAGCAGGGCCAGGUUCAGGGGUGGGAGUGAUCCAGGAACACGACCUGACAUGGGAUGUACCAGAGAAGGGGCAAGGAGGGACAAAGCACAGUCUACCCUUGAGCUCUGUGCUCACUGUAUGCCCCCUUCUCCUUUCUCAGGGGUCCCUGGCCAAUGCCACUACCUCCAGUGCCCUUUUGAGCAAGUUCUCUGCUCCCCUCCCCUCACUGUUCUUUUGUAUGUUACAUUUUAGCCUCCAGCAUUUGCCUCACUUCUGGUGGGGGGUCCGGGGUGGGGGUGGUAAGAGAUUGAUCUGAGUCACUGGAAGCCACAGCUCCUAUCUGUGCUCCUAGCUCGUCUUCAUCUGAUGUGCCUCAGUGGGCUCAGGUAUCAGGAACCAAGGUGGAAGUAAAGCACUGGAAUAAAGGUAGAAAUAAAGAACUGUAUGACUGAA